AUGGCAUCUCUCGCUUCUCAAUACAAGACCAGUAACAAUUCGCAGACAAAUACGAAUAAUGAUUUGGCAAUUCAUGAUUCCUCUCAAAGAGCGUCCGAUGUCUCAAUUUUCUCUUUACUUAAUCCCGACGCCGAGAAAAUAAACAACCAUAACCAUCAAAACUACAACCAUUACAACGAUGAAGUCAAAUCAGAAGACAAUUAUUCUCAAAAUUGGCGUCGUUAUUCUGCGCCAAAUUUAUCUUCGGAAUCAAUGAACGAUUUGACAAUAAUAAAUUAUUGUGGAAAUCCGAGUCAUAACCAGAAUAAUAAUACUAGUAAAAAUCAUCACCAGCAUGUUUCGAGCCUGUUCUCACGUUCAACACCUUCGUCCCCGAAAAGUGCAAAUACUUUCUAUCAGUCGACGACAAAGAAAUCAGCCGCUGAUAGUGCUGCCGCGGUCCAGUCUUCAAUGAAAUCCACAUCACGAUCAAAUUAUCAGUUUCCUUCAAGUGAUGCCAUCUCCGCUGUUAAUAAUAACGCUCAUCAUAUCCCUCCAAAAGUUAAACGCAAGAGAUUUACUCAAGAGCAACUAGUCGAUUUAAUCGCAAUGUUUGAACAAACUGAUACUCCAAACUAUGAAAUUCGCGAAAAAUUAGCAAAGAAACUUAAUAUGACUAAUCGCGAAGUUCAGGUUUGGUUUCAAAAUCGACGUGCAAAAGCCAACCGUGCAAAGGCUAAUGAACCCAAUGCAUCUAAUCAUCAUCACCACCGCUUCUUACACCAUCAUUCGGUUACACCUGCACAAGCUGCUAGUGGUCAUGCGUCAUCCGUAAGCAACAUCCCAACCCAAAGUAAUUAUACCUUUGUUGCAAUGUUCACCGAUGGAAUUCCUUCAUCUGGUGGUCAUCAUUCCAAGGGAAAUAAUGGUCGGCGGCAUUCUUAUCACCCAACUUCUGCAUCAUCGAAAAAGACUUCGAAUAAUUCAUCGCAGACAAGACCUCGAGCCACAACUGUCUCUCACUUGCCAACAACGGCAACAACCACUACUUCAUCCCAUAAUACUAAUUCAUUUGUUUCAUCGUCAUCGUCGUCGUCUUCUCAUAAUUUACAACCACCUCAACAACAAAAUUCUCCGACCACACCAAAUACGCCAUCUCCAAAACAAGUACCAAUUUUGCCGCCCCCAAUCCCAUCUCAAUAUCCUUCUAGCAGUUAUAAUCCAUAUCUUAUUACACCGAUAAAUGAUUUCAGUCAUAUGACUAUCGGAGGAUCUCAUCAUCAACUACCCCGCCAUUCUAUCCAACAUAAUAACAUGCAAGAAGAUAAUAAUGUUAAGAUUAUACUUGAUCCAAUUGAUGCAAGAAUAUUAAAUGAAAUAAUCCAUGCUCUAACAACUACUGCUAAACAAUCACCAAAAUUACCAUCUGUCAAUACCGAUACUGUAUUAUUAUGA